UAAAUAAAUAAAUAAAGCGUUUUUUCUCUGCAGACAAAACUCACCGAUUAUCUCUCUCACUCUCUCGGCAAACCAAAACCGAAAAACUCACAGUCGAAGAGAAAAAAAGAAAAAGAAAAGAAAACCUCACUGAAUCUCACACCAACAGCAACAACAACAAGAUGUCGUGGCAAACUUACGUUGACGACCAUCUGAUGUGCGACAUCGAAGGCAACCAUCUCUCUGCCGCCGCCAUCAUCGGCCAAGACGGCAACGUUUGGGCUCAGAGCCCCACUUUCCCUCAGUUCAAGCCCGAGGAAAUAACCGCCAUUGUGAAUGACUUUGCUGAACCUGGAACACUUGCACCAACUGGAUUGUACCUUGGUGGAACAAAAUAUAUGGUGAUUCAAGGGGAGCCAGGAGCUGUCAUUCGAGGGAAGAAGGGCCCUGGUGGUGUUACUGUUAAAAAGACUAAUCAAGCUCUGAUUAUCGGUAUCUAUGAUGAACCAAUGACACCUGGCCAGUGCAACAUGAUUGUUGAAAGGCUCGGUGAUUACCUCAUUGAUCAGGGUCUCUAGUUGCCUUGUGAAAUAUUAUUACAAAGUAUUAAAGAAAAAAAACAGUGAUGGCGGACUAGUAUGGAAAACAAAGGUUUGGUGCCUUGAAAAAGUUAUGAUUAUGGUCUUUGUCGUUGUACUCCUUUGAUAAGUAGUAUUGUGAUGAUUUUCCAAGUGAGUUGUUCGGUGGGAUUUCCAGUUAAUGGAUGAUGUGGUUAAUUUGAAUGGCAUAAAAUUAUAGUCUCUGUUUUUA